UUCAUGGUUUCCCGUCUAGUGCACGCGGAAGUGGGCAAUCAAUUUCCUUUUCCUAUAAUUUUUCAAAUAAACAUUGUAAAAAGUUUAUUUUCCCUUUAACUUGUUUUUUAAAUACUCUUGCUAUCAUUACUUAAAUUGUAAGAGACCACUAAUUUGUGUUCAAAAUGGAGGUGACGGACAUAAGUGAUUUGUUGAAUGUAAGAUCAAUUAAAAUGGAAACAAUAGAAAAUAGAUAUUCGGAUAGUGCAGAAAAUGUUGAAUCUAACGAUGCUUUAUCAAUAAUUCCUCAAUACGUCACAGAAUCUGAUCUAGGUUUGAUGCAAACAGGUACUGAAAUACUUGAAGCUCCUUUGGCAGUGUUCACUGAUGCUGCUGAUGAUGAAGACACCCUGCAGAGUAUGGAUUCCAGCGAGGAAGUUAUAGUCCAAUUGAUGGAUAUAAGAACGAGAUUGUCUCAGUUGCGGACGAUGUUGGAGAAACGGCUGAACACCGAUCUAUCAGAUUACAACUUCUGGCUGCAAGACGCCAAGUUGUUGGAAAACCACAAGACCCUAGUGGAACAAUGCAUCCGCGGUUCUGGCGUGGUGCAAGUCAACAUUCAGAUAAAGCCUUCGCAGAGGAAGAUCAACAUUAUGGACGUGCUGAAGCCUGAUGAGGAGCUGCUGCAGCUGCCGGCUGCUGAUGAGCCCGCGCCGGCGGCGGCGCCGCGCCACGCGGUGGCCGUCAAGUGGCUGGUCGACGACCACUUCCGCUCGGAGCACGCCAAGGCGAAGAUACCGGACGACCCGCAGAUGUGGUCAGUGCAACACGUGAAGCUCUGGAUACAGUGGGCGGUCCGCCAGUUCAAUCUCGCCGGAGUCAAGUUGUCCGACUGGAACAUAAGCGGUCACGAUCUGUGUAAUAUAACGCAUUCGGACUUUAAAGAAAAAGUGCCUUCCGACCCUGGAGACUUGUUUUGGACCCAUUUCGAAUUGUUGAGAAAAUGUAAAUUCAUUGCUGUAGUUCAAACAGACGACCCCCCUGCAAGAGACCCAUUAGAAGCUCCUCAUUCAGCUAUUAAGAAGAGACAUAAGCCGCCGGCGGGCGGGUCGGGCGGGUCGGGCGGGGCGGGCGGGGCGGAGGAGGCGCGCUACACGCCGCGCGCCGGCAACAACGGGCAGGUGCAGCUGUGGCAGUUCCUGCUCGAGCUGCUCACCAGCGCGCAGCACUACCACCUCAUCCGCUGGGACGGGCUGGAGGGCGAGUUCCGGCUGCUGGAGCCGGAGCGCGUGGCGCGGCUGUGGGGCGCGCGCAAGCACAAGCCGGCCAUGAACUACGAGAAGCUGUCGCGCGCGCUGCGCUACUACUACGACGGCGACAUGAUCGCCAAGGUGCCCGCCAAGCGAUUCGUGUACAAGUUCGUGUGCGACCUGCGGCAGCUGCUGGGCUACAGCGCGGACGAGCUGGCGCAGCUGGUGCGCGAGCUGCACCACGAGACCGCCGCCGGACACUGACCGCAUAUCUGUACCGUUGUUAUAUAGUCGUUUAAUGUCAUCCGUAUAUCCUACACCUGCACCAUCUUUAUGACCGACAUCAUCUAUAUUUCUAUCAUGAUUUAAUAGUUUUGUUUCGUCAUUAACUACACCUGUACCAUCGUUGUAAAGUUUUUAAUUAUUGUCAUUAAUUACUUGUGUAACAUCAUUAAAUAGUUUUGUUUCGUCACUAACUAGAACUGUACCAUCAUUAUAUACUUUUUAAUCAUCGUCAUUAACCCCAUCCGUAACAUCAUUAAAAAGUUUUAUGUCGUCAUCAUUAUCUGUUCCUGUACUAUCAUUAUGACCAACAUCAUCUAUAUCUCUAUUAUCAUUUUACAGUUUUUUAUGAUCAAAAUUAGUUACUCAUGUACUAUAUAUAUAAAGCUAUCAUUAUAUAGUUUUAUAGCAUCAUUAUCUCUACUAUCAUUAUAUAGUUUUAUAUCAUCAUUAUCUCUACUAUCGUUAUGUAGUUUUAUAUCCUUAUCGUUAGUGACACAUUUAUCAUUAUUAUGAUUAUCAUCGUCAUCAUCAUCAUUAUCAUUUGUCAUUGUCAUUGUCAUCGUCAUCAGUAAUAUCCACGCUGGCCAAGUGCGGGUUGGCAGAUGUCACAUGUCGUCGAAGUUUGGAUUAUUAAACAUGCCAUUUUCAUCACCAUGUUUUUCUUUACCGUUUCAAGCAGUGGUUAUGAGACUGAUGUGCAGAUAAAUUAAAAAAAAAUCUAUCUUUAUCUUGCACGCUAGUCCGGUCUCGAACCCAUUUUUCGCUUUAAACCCACGAUCCUAAUCACUAAGCCUUCACAGCCUCGCACUUGGAUAUCUGUUUGCCGUUUUAUAUACAACACAAUUUAGUCUAUUAAUCCCACGCGGAAGCAGCCCUGUCUGUCUGACCCCGCAUUACACCUAAACCACUGAACCGACGUGUAACGUCUCAUGUGAUAUUUAUCAUAUAUGCGCACUUGAGGUUUCAUUUUGUAUACAGCAAGAGAUGUUAUUCUGGCGAGUGGAAUUAAAUUAUUGGGAGAGAAGUUUUGAUUUUAUGUAAAUAUGAAAAUAAAGUUUAUUUCUGUUUGUU